AUGUACGUCGUUAAGAGAGACGGACGUCAAGAGACUGUUCAUUUCGAUAAGAUUACGGCGCGGUUGAAGAAACUCAGUUACGGUUUGAGCACUGAGCAUUGUGACCUGGUUUUGGUUUCUCAGAAGGUUUGUGUCGGUGUUUAUAGAGGUGUGACUACUAGUCAACUCGAUGAAUUGGCCACUGAAACCGCCGCCGGCAUGACUGCUAACCACCCUGAUUAUGCUUCUCUUGCUGCUAGAAUUGUCGUUUCGAAUCUGCAUAAGAACACUAAGAAGUCGUUUUCGGAAACUGUGAAGAUUAUGUACAAUCAUUUCAACACUAGAUCUUGGAAGAAAGCUCCUUUGAUUGCUGAUGAUGUCUAUGAAAUAAUUAUGGAGAAUGCGGCUCGAUUGGACAGUGAGAUAAUUUAUGACAGGGAUUUUGACUAUGAUUACUUUGGGUCCAAAACCCUCGAGAGGUCUUAUCUGUUGAAAGUUGAUGGGACUGUUGUUGAAAGGCCUCAACAUAUGAUAAUGAGGGUUUCUGUUGGAAUUCACAAGCAUGAUAUUGAAUCUGCUGUUAAAACUUAUCAUUUGAUGUCUCAGAGGUGGUUUACUCAUGCUUCUCCAACUCUUUUCAAUGCUGGGACUCCUCGGCCUCAAUUGAGCAGUUGCUUCUUGAUAUGCAUGAAAGAUGAUAGUAUUGAGGGGAUUUAUGAUACAUUGAAGGAGUGUGCUGUCAUUAGUAAAUCUGCAGCAGGAAUAUUCAAAACUGACGACUGA